AUGGGGCUAGAUCUAGUGAGACAGACUGAGGAGAAAGUAAAGCUCAUUAGAGAUAAUUUGAAAGCCGCCACAGAUAGGCAGAAAUCAUAUGCAGAUUUGGAAAGGAAAGACAUAGAGUAUGAGGUUGGCGAUAAAGUGUUCCUUAAAGUGUCUCCUUGGAAGAAAGUGCUAAGGUUUGGGAAAAAAGAUCAUUCACAUGUCAUAUCAACAGAGGAGAUAGAUGUGCAGCCUGAUUUGACAUAUAAAGAGGAGCCAAUAAGAAUUUUAGCACGGGAAGUUAAGGAACUCAGGAACAAGAAGAUUCCACUUGUGAAAGUAUUGUGGAAGCAUCACAACACUGAAGAGGUGACAUGGGAGAGUGAAGAGACGAUGAGACAGUAG